AAAAACACAAACACAACACAGUUGUUGUGUUUCAGUUUGAGUUGCAGAAAGAAGAUGAAUGUGUGGCUAAUACCUUCAUCACUCUCCACCACUCCAACAGCACUUUCAACACCCCAUCAUCAUCUUCAUCUUCCAAUUAUUCCCACUAAGCUUUCCCUUCACAACACCCUCCUUGCAACUACUCUCUCUUUUGGUUUCUUCUUAUCCCCUUUCCCUUCUUCUGCCUCUGUUCUUCAACCCACUCCCCUUCCAAUCCCUCUCUCUACUUCCUCCGAAACAUGCCGUGAUGUUGAGCUACGAAAUAUCACGGUUCCAACUGCUCCUGAAGUUGUUACCAAUGAAGGACUUGUUCAGGAAGCUUGGCAGAUUGUCGAUGAUGACUUUCUUGAUACUGGUCGCAACCGUUGGUCUCAAGAUACCUGGCAGCUAAAGAAGAAUGAUAUUUUGAGCAAUACAAUUCAGACAAGGUCAAAGGCACACAACAUCAUCAAGCGAAUGCUGGCCAGUUUGGGCGAUCCUUAUACACGUUUUCUUUCACCUGAGGAGUUCUCCAAGAUGGCGAGGUAUGACAUGACUGGUAUUGGAAUAAACCUUAGGGAAGUUACGGAUGAAAAUGGAGACCAUAGGCUGAAGGUAUUGGGAUUAAUAUUGGACGGUCCUGCUCAUUCUGCUGGUGUCAGACAGGGGGAUGAAAUAUUGGCAGUCAAUGACACAGAGGUAAAGGGAAAAUCAGCAUUUGAAGUAUCAUCCCUGUUGCAAGGCCCUAACGGAACAUCUGUGACUAUUCAGCUCAAGCAUGGAAACUGUGGACCUGUUGAAUCAAUUGAAGUUCAGCGGCAAUUUGUGGCUCGCACACCAGUCUCUUACCGUAUGGAACAAACAGAAAGUGAUGCUGCUCAAAUUGGGUAUAUCCGCCUCAAAGAGUUCAAUGCAUUGGCUCGAAAGGAUUUAGUCAUCGCAAUGAAGCGACUUCAAGACAUGGGUGCCUCAUAUUUUGUAUUGGAUCUUAGAGAUAAUCUUGGUGGGCUAGUGCAGGCCGGAAUUGAAAUCGCAAAGCUUUUCCUAAACGAAGGAGACACGGUCAUCUACACUGCUGGAAGAGACCCCCAGUUCCAGCAAGCUGUUGUUUCGGAUACUUCACCAUUGAUCCGUGCUCCUCUUGUUGUUUUAGUGAAUGACAAGACUGCUAGUGCUAGUGAAAUAGUUGCUUCCGCACUUCAUGAUAAUUGUAGAGCUGUUCUCGUUGGAAAACGCACAUAUGGCAAGGGUUUAAUCCAAUCUGUCUUCGAGCUUCAAGAUGGGUCUGGUGUGGUUAUUACUGUUGGGAAGUAUGUAACACCAAAGCACAAGGACAUAAACGGCAACGGAAUAGAGCCUGACUUCCAGAAACUUCCAGCUUGGGAUGACGUCAGCCAGCAUCUUUCAAAAUGCAGUAUGCUUCAGCAAGGAUAAAACAUUUUAUACGGCGUAUUCAAAUGAAAUCUUUGCUUCUAAAGAAUCCGCAUAUGCUGGAAGCUGCCAUGUAUAUAUCUCAAAAAUUUCAGGUUAUUAAUAGACACAUAACACAAGAUUGGUAGGAAGCAUACAGGAGUUCGUAUUUAAGGAACCAGUGCAUAACUGAAGCAACUUGGAUUGUAGUAAUACUUAACUAAUAUAGGAAAGCAGACCUUGUUUUACAUUUUUAUGUAGAUUUUGAUACUAUUUCCUUACUCUUUUAUUUUUUUUCAUUUUUUUUAAAAAUUAAAGUGUAUGUGUAUCAAUACGUAUUGAUAUAUGAAUACAUGACAUUGUCACUUUAUUCGUAAACCAAUCAUUACAAUGUUUUUGGUUUAAAUUAA